CCUCGUCCAAGGUGCCUUCAUGCUCAUGGAGAGCCACAAGAGGCAGUACCGGGAGAUUGCUCGUCUGAAAGAGCUUGAGCAGAAGGCUGCCUCGGCCGAUGAGGCGGUAGCCUGCUUGGAUCGGCUCCGGGAGGAUGCCAAGGCCUUGCAACAGAGGGCCGACGAGGCCGCUGCAGCCAGGGACGAUGCCCUGGCCAAACUCGAGGAGAGCCAGAGGGCGCUUGAGGCCGAACGGCGCAAAAACGAUGAAGCCGUGAAGGCAAAAGCUGAGGCCGAGGCUGCCGCUGUGAAGGCCGCUGAUGAGGCCGUUAAGCAGUUCUUGGCCGAGGG